CAAUUUCUCUCAAUUCAUUAGUUGGAAGUGUUCUUUAAUCAAGAUCUACUUUCUCUCUCUCUCUCUCACUCACAAUACAAAAUGCAAAAAAGGGUCAAAAGAUAGAGGGGUCCAACUCUUUUCUUAUCUUUUUGUUUUCUGUUACAGAGAAGAAGAAGAAGAUGCCACAUUGUUUGUGACUUUUGAAAGUUGGAAAAAAAGAAGAAUAAAGCUGCAGUCUUUGAACAAUACAAGAACAGAAUACAAGCUUUCUGAGAUCUGUGCAGCUCCAGUUUUAAAGGUGUGUUUUGUCUUAUAGAUAAGACCAUUUGUCGAACGAGAAGAUGGGGAAGAAAGGAAGCUGGUUUUCUUCAGUAAAGAAGGCUUUGAGCCCAAACUCUAAGGAGAAGAAAGAUGGUAAAUCAAAGAAGAAAUGGUUUGGGAAAGAAAAACAGCCACUCCCAGAUUCUUCAACUUUGGUGGUUGCCUCAGUGUCUCCUCCGCAACCUAUUCCUCAAGUGGAAGAGGUCAAACUGGCUGAAGUGGAAGAAGAACAGACUAAACAUGUGUAUUCCGUUGCAGUUGCUACAGCUGCAGCAGCCGAAGCGGCUGUUGCAGCUGCCCAGGCUGCUGCAGAGGUUGUUAGAUUAACUACGGUCAAUCAAUUCCCAGGAAAAUCCAAGGAGGAAAUAGCUGCAAUCAGGAUUCAGACGACAUUUCGAGGAUAUCUGGCCAGAAGAGCAUUGAGAGCUUUAAGAGGACUUGUCAGACUCAAAACAUUAGUUGAUGGACCUACUGUCAAACGGCAAACUGCAAAUACUCUGAAAUGCAUGCAGACUUUAUCUCGUGCGCAGUCUCAGAUUAGUUCUAGAAGGAGCAGGUUGUUGGAAGAGAACAGAACUCUCCAGAGGCAGCUUAUGCAGAAACAUGCAAAAGAACUUGAGAGUUUGAGGAGAGGGGAGGAGUGGGAUGAUACUCUACAAUCAAAAGAGCAAAUUGAAGCAAGUUUGCUCGGCAGAUAUGAAGCUGCAAUGAGACGAGAAAGAGCACUCGCGUAUUCAUAUUCCCACCAGCAAACCUGGAAGAAGUCAUCAAAAGCUACCAAUUUGUUAUUUAUGGAUCCAACCAAUCCUCAAUGGGGUUGGAGUUGGUUAGAGCGGUGGAUGGGUGCUAGGUCUAGGGAAAACCAAAACAUGUCCGAGAAAGAACUAAAAGGUGAUCAAAUGUCCGUAAGAAGUGCCAGCAUGAGCAUGUCUGGAGGGGAAAUUACCAAGGCAUUUGCCCGUCAUCAGCUGAACUCUGAACUCCCAUCUUCUCCUUUAAGCCAAAAACCAAACCGUCCUUCAAGCCGCCAGUCUCCUACUACACCUUCCAAGCCAUCCACAGCUAGAAAACCGAAACCAGGAAGUGCAAGAGUCAGUGCAAUAAACCAAGAAGAUGACACACGAAGCGUAUUUAGCGUUCAAUCAGAAAUGAACAGGAGACAUAGCAUUGCAGGAUCAUCAGUAAGAGAUGAUGAGAGCUUGGGAAGCUGCUCAUCCGUACCAAGUUAUAUGGCAUCCACUCAGUCAGCAAAAGCAAGAACAACGCGUUUGCAGAGUCCAUUAGGCGUGGAAAAUGGCACACCACCAGCGAAGGGAUCUGCUGGUUCUGUGAAGAAGCGACUCUCUUACUCACCUUCACCAGCCAUUACAAGACGGCAUUCAGGUCCACCAAAGGUCGAGAUUACCUCCACAAACACCUCUAAUGCUGAGAAAUAUGUGAAUGGAGUUGUCAACUAGCCUGUCUUAUCACAAAGUAAUAAGUUGUACCGUAGCCUUGCUAUACCAGGUAAACGCAGAGGAGAUACAUGAAGAUUUGGAACAAAGGCAUUCGUUCAUCGACUAAAUGCAACUUCAACUUCUCCAUAAAAUCAACACGAGUUCGUUACUGUAUGUGCAUUCCUGCGUGGUGCUUGAUUUUUUCAUUUAUCAGAGAAAAAAAUGAUACUUGUUUUUUUAAAUAUUCGGUUCUCCGACGAGUGAUGAUGAUUUGAGAUUGUGAUAGUUGUGAAUUUAUUUUAGAAGAAGCAUUUUCUUGUUUGUGAUUAUAUAUGAUUCCAUCUUUAUUAUGUAUACAAAAUGGUGAAACAAGAGAGACUUUCUUUAUUUAGUCGA